AUGUCAAGCGUCAAGUCAAAGAGGAAGAGGAGGAGAGAGGGAUUAAAGAGGAGGAGGAGGAGGAGAGAGGGAUUAAAGAGGAGGAGGAGGAGAGAGGGAUUAAAGAGGAGGAGGAGGAGAGAGGGAUUAAAGAGGAGGAGGAGGAGGAGAGAGCAUUCAAAGAGGAGGAGGAGAGAGCAUUCACAGAGGGGCAGAAAGCAGUCACAGAGGAGGCGGAGCAUAGAGGAUUCACAGAGGAGGCGGAGCAUAGAGGAUUCACAGAGGAGGCGGAGCAUAGAGGAUUCACAGAGGAGGCGGAGCAUAGAGGAUUCAGAGGAGGCGGAGCAGAGAGCAUUCAAAGAGGAGGCGGAGCAUAGAGGAUUCACAGAGGAGGCGGAGCAGAGAGCAUUCAAAGAGGAGGCGGAGCAUAUAGGAUUCACAGAGGAGGCGGAGCAGAGAGCAGUCACAGAGGAGGCGGAGCAGAGAGCAUUCAAAGAGGAGGCGGAGGAGAGAGCAUUCACAGAGGAGCAGAGAGCAUUCAAAGAGGAGGCGGAGGAGAGAGCAUUCAAAGAGGAGGCGGAGGAGAGAGCAUUCACAGAGGAGCAGAGAGCAUUCAAAGAGGAGGCGGAGGAGAGAGCAUUCACAGAGGAGCAGAGAGCAUUCACAGAGGAGGCGGAGCAGAGAGCAUUCACAGAGGAGGAGAGAGCAGUCACAGAGGAGGCGGAGGAGCGAGCAUUCAAAGAGGAGAAGAGAGCAGUCACAGAGGAGCAGAGAGCAGUCACAGAGGAGGCGGAGCAGAGAGCAUUCAAAGAGGAGCAGAGUGCAGUCACAGAGGAGGCGGAGGAGAGAGCAUUCACAGAAGUGGAGAACAGGGAAGAGGAGGAAGAAGUCGAUGGGAACACUGAUCCAGGUAAGUUCAGUUGUUCAGGAUGGAGAGAGGCUGGUGCAUUGACAGCCACAGGGAAUUCCAGCACUAUUAUUGUCUUUCCACCAAUCUGGUAACUUUUUCUUUGAAGGGGUAAGCAGGGUAGGCUCUAUCCACCAAUUAGGGCUGUGUAUGUAAAUAUAUUUUAAUUUGUAUCAACAU